AUGACUGUGUCCACCGACAAUACUCCCAUGGACAUCAGCCACGACACUUCCUCUUCCGCCCGGAGCGACUCGAGCAAGAGCGAUACUGUCGAGAGUACGACCACUCAACCAUCAUCCAUAGACGAAUACCACUACCCCAACUCUCCCACGAGGAAGCUGCAUGCCCACAUCAGUCAUUUCGUGAAGUACCUCAAGCCAGAGCAUGACGGCGUAUUCAAGCUCAAGGACGCAAUCGCAACGGCGCUCUUCAACGUCGCGCCUGAAACGCUCACGUCGUUCGUCGACCCCCUUGUCGGCACCUUCAAUGCUGUUUUCAAGGGAAACAAGCGGCUCGUCGUCUGGCGCAAGGGCAACGCAGGCUUCGGAAGGCUCGAGCACCUGGUGGGAUUCUCGAUCAGCUGGAACGGCUCAUGGCACAUUAUCGUUAGCGCUGGCAACACCUUCUGCGAGGCCAAGUGGCCUGUGGUCUGGACGGGCCCGUACGAAGUCCUCGGCGGCGUCUACGAGAUGUUUGAGGAUAAGGAGAGUGAUGAAGACGCAAAGUACGAGCGGGCUACGCUGUUGGCGAUGAGGAUACUGGAGGGCAAGUUUUGGGAGGCAACCGUGAACGUCAAAGCUGUGUGA